AUGGCUGAUAAUAGUAAGUUUAAAAUUGUUCCUAAUUAGCCUUUCUCACGCCGCCAUUUUUGGGCGGCAUUUCAGCUGAAGUUUGCGAGAUAAGUCCACAUAACAGCGACUUUUUAUAUUUCUUUUUGGACAAAUGAUGAUAAAUUUGCUCUGUAAAUGGUUAGUUUAUUUUGAAAAAUUGCUUUUUACAUUGUUUUAAUUGAAACUUGAUGGUGUUUAUGAGGUCGAAUGUCGACGUCAUAAACACCAAACUUGAUGGUGUUUAUGACGUCGAAUAUCGACGUCAUCAACACCAAACUUGAUGGUGUUUAUGACGUCGAAUAUCGACGUCAUAAACACCAAACUUGAUGGUGUUUAUGACGUCGAAUAUCGACGUCAUAAACACCAAACUUGAUGGUGUUUAUGAGGUCGAAUAUAAUAAUAAUAAUAAUAAUAACAGUUAUUUAUAUAGCGCUUAAAUUAUAUAAAUAUUCUAAAUCGACGUCAUAAACACCAAACUUGAUGGUGUUUAUGACGUCCAAUAUCGACGUCAUAAACACCAAACUUGAUGGUGUUUAUGACGUCCAAUAUCGACGUCAUAAACACCAAACUUGAUGGUGUUUAUGACGUCCAAUAUCGACGUCAUAAACACCAAACUUGAUGGCGUUUAUGACGUCGAAUAUCGACGUCAUAAACACCAAACUUGGUGGUGUUUAUGACGUCGAAUAUCGACGUCAUAAACACCAAACUUGAUGGUGUUUAUGACGUCGAAUAUCGACGUUAUAAACACCAAACUUGAUGGUGUUUAUGACGUCGAAUAUGGACGUCAUAAACACCAAACUUGAUGGUGUUUAUGACGUCGAAUAUCGACGUCAUAAACACCAAACUUGAUGGUGUUUAUGACGUCGAAUAUCGACGUCAUAAACACCAAACUUGAUGGUGUUUAUGAGGUCGAAUAUAAUAAUAAUAAUAAUAAUAACAGUUAUUUAUAUAGCGCUUAAAUUAUAUAAAUAUUCUAAAUCGACGUCAUAAACACCAAACUUGAUGGUGUUUAUGACGUCCAAUAUCGACGUCAUAAACACCAAACUUGAUGGUGUUUAUGACGUCCAAUAUCGACGUCAUAAACACCAAACUUGAUGGUGUUUAUGACGUCCAAUAUCGACGUCAUAAACACCAAACUUGAUGGCGUUUAUGACGUCGAAUAUCGACGUCAUAAACACCAAACUUGGUGGUGUUUAUGACGUCGAAUAUCGACGUCAUAAACACCAAACUUGAUGGUGUUUAUGACGUCGAAUAUCGACGUCAUAAACACCAAACUUGAUGGUGUUAUUUGGUUAACGAGAAUUGUAUGCCACCCAAAAAUGGCGGAUAUUCGUCAUCGUGAGAAAGGCUAAUUACGUAUAAUAAGUUUCAACGUAUAAAAGCAUGGUAUGAAAACUUUUAAGAUUUUCUUUCAAUGGUCCGUAAAGGUUCAGACACACCGGACGCGAUUCGACAACGCGACGCGAAUUUUCAGUUUUUAAAAACAAAGAAACCCGUCAACAGAGAAAAAUUUUACAAGAUAUGCAGACCAAAUAGCUAAAAUUGCUUAAGUGGUUCCCAAUAUUUGAAAAACGUAGAGAAAUAUUAAAGUUAAAUGUCAUUGAAAAUUGAAAAUUCGCGUCGCGUUGCCAAAUCGCGUCCGGUCUGUAUGGACCUUAAGUCAUCAUCCAAAAAAAUAAAAAAUAUCCUCCAAAAUGAUUUUCAACACAUAAAAACAAUAAAAGUUUGAAAAAGGUUCUCAAAUAGUUUGGUCCUCUUCAGUUUUGGGAUCAUUGUUAGUGACAUUGUUGCUUGUGGUCCCCUUUUCUUUUGAUGAGAGGAAACGUUUUCGACAAUUUUCAGAAAGUUUGGACCAGUUUGAGGCGUCUUUUGAAUUUUUGAAACAUUUCCUGUGGCCCCGCCUUUGCUAAGGCUAGGGUACCUGUGGUCCCCCUUUGCAUUUGACCAAUGUUUUUGUUGGGGCACUUUUGAGAUUUUUUAUAUGUUUUUUUUUUAAAUUUCGCUUUUUACUCUUGUAGAUCGGGAGAAAAGCGCGCAGGAAAAGAAACGCGAGGAGUUAUUGCUCGCAGAAUUAGUUCGGUUGGUGAACAAACGUGAUGAGCUAGUGAGGAUAGAAGAUUCACAAGUUCAAGAGUAAGUGUUUUUGUGAGAGAAAAUUAGGGUAUAAUUUUUGAGCAAGUUAUAUUUGUAAAAUUGAUACGUUUGCCGUAUAAACAAGAAGGACUUACGGUAAUUAAGUAUUUGAAAGAAAAAGAGUUCUUAUUUUAAAAUAUUUAGUAAAGAAACGGAAAAUAGUAAUAGGUUAAAAACACAUCAAUAAUUCACGAGGAAAACACAAAGGGAAUUACUGCCGUGUCGUUAGUUUUAUAUGCGAAAAAUCAUGUUAGUUUACAUAAACUUUAGCUUUGAUUUUCUCGGUGUAAUUACCUCCGCCAGGAGGUUAUGUAAUCAUCUGGGUUUGUGUGUGUGUGUGUGUGUGUGUGUGUGUGUGUGUGUGUGUGUGUGUGUGUUUGUCUGUGAGCACGAUAACUCAAGAAAUACCAAACAUAUUCAUACGAAAUUUUUUCAAUGCAUUUCCCAUCGGCUAAGGAAGAACUGAUUAAAAUUUGGUUGAAUUUGAUUAAAAAUUGAACGAGAAAUGAACAAAAUGUUGUCUUGCUUUUCCCGUCAAUUAAAAAAAAAACUCACUGAAUGCGUAAUUAGGACGUAAAUUCUAUUUUGUGGACUUCAUUAUCUAUUGUCUUAGUUGCAUUUCACACGACCGAAAUUCAAUGAGGGCGGAGGUAUGCAGUCUCUGAGUGCCCUCUAGUUAUAGAUAACGUUGCUUUUAAAAACUACUUCACCAAUGAACUCACAAGAUUAAAACACUCACAGACACAGUCCAUGCUUUAUCACGUAUAAGACACUCGCCUCGUGUUUAUAUACGAUAAAGUGUUGCUGCUCGUGUUUUAAGGCAAUUCCGCAGUUUUGCAUUGCGCACUUUUACUGCGCACAUCUUAUAACUUAUAAUUUCAUCCAUUAUACGCGAACACCGCGGAAAAACGUCUGCGCACGCGUCAACCUUACCUGUAAUAGUAUUGCGAACUUGAUGAGAAGCUGUUCCGAACGUUUCCGAAGGCUCAAAAUGGCGGUAAAAAGGAGUGACUUCAUUGUGCGUCUUUACAGCCAGAUUUCGAGUGCGAAAAUAAACAUGUCAUUCUAAAAACUAGAAAUAAAUACAGCCAGAAGGUUCAAGAAAUUGUAUUGUACAAGAACAUGAACUAAAGGUGAUUGUUGGACAUUUCUUUAAAAAAAACUAUGUCGCCAAAUAUAAAAAAUUUUCGUGUUCACAAUAAUUAAACUAUAGGAUUUAUUCUACAAUUUGAGUGGGUUAAGAAGCUUAACUUUUCGAGAGUUUUCUUAACUUUUUAGUUUGAAUUUUUGUUUUGAAAAAAUUUUCGAAGUCGUGUCCGUUAAAAUCAACAAUUUUUUACAUGAAUUAUAUUUCAUUCCAUACUUUAAAUGCCAGGACGCUAAUUUAUUUCUUUAAUGCAUUUUACAUUUCAUAUCCGAAAUUAAAAGAAAAAUCAUUUCUGGAUCUUGAAAAAAAAUGCUUUAUCAAUGCAUGUUCUCAAAGAAAGAUAUGUAAAGAAAUGUGCAAAAGACAUUUAUGGAUCAGAAUUGUACACGUUAGUAGUUUCAUUUUGCUCAAAACACAAUAUUUUUCAAAAAUAAUUACAAGAUAGGUUUACUAAAGCAAAAUCCGCGCUAAAAACGUCAAUAAAUAUCGGGCUGUUUUGAUUUUGCUGUUACUCGUAAUGAGCGUCAAGAUGGCGCCAUAUUGGAGUAAAGGUGGUAUAUAUUGCGAUUGUCAUAUCUUCUUAACGAGUUCGGUGACCCCGACUUUUUUGUGUGAUUUUACUUUUUAAGUAUAUCAUAAACUCCAUGCCUGGGAAGUUUCAGCACAUUCUCAUUUCGGGAACAAUUACUGCGGAAAUACCUUAAAUAGUAGAUGAACUUGACUUUUACUUUCUGUUUUGUUAAGGGCCGAGAAGGCAGCACAGCACGCUGAACAUGUUGUACGAAACACAAAAAUUCCCAAGAAACAAGGAGAUUGUUGUAUUCAAUAA